GAAUUUUUUCUUCAAUUUGUGAAGAAAAGGGAAAUGCUGUUGUUGAUGUUAUUCAAUUGGAUAGUGCUUCUUCUAUUCAACAAACUUCGUCAAAAAUUCAAACGCGAUCAAUGGCUAAAGAAUCUUCAAAAAUCUGUUCAUCAUCCAAUUUGUUGCCUAAACGAAUUUUUUCGUCUAUUUCUGGUAGAGUACAAGACAAAGAAGAGGAGGUUAUUCAACUGGAUUCUUCUAGUAGACGGCAACCUUCAAGUAUCCAUCAAUCUCUUUCAACAGCUAAAGAAUCUUCAAAAAAUGUGGCACAAGAAUCUUCAGAAAUUUCAUCAAUUACUAAUUUAUUACCUUCAAGAAGUAUUUUUUCUUUUUUUAAUGAGGAAGAAGAAGAAUCCAGGGAAGUUAUUCAAUUGGAAGAUACUUCUAUUGUUCAAUCAAAAUUUAAUGUGUUUGAUUCUAUGAGGGAUUCUCAUCAUCAAACAUCUUUGUCAUUAAAUACAGCUAAAAGUCCUUCAAAUAUAGAGGAGAAUAUUCCAAGAGAUGAAACUGUUCCACACUCUUUUGCUCCAAAGAAGAAUUUAUCUCAAAAGAUUUUCUCAACUUCUCGAGUCCAACAGGAACACAAAUCGUCAGAAAAGUCUUCAUCAUUUAAUUUGGAAGUGGAAGUAGUGAAAGAAGGAGAAUCUGUUUUGGAUGAGGAAGAAAAUGAAGAGGAAAAGGAAGAAGAGGAAAUGGAGGAGAAUGAAGAGGAAUUGGAGGAGGGGGAAGAUGAGGUGAAAGAUGAAGAAGAAAUUGAAGAGCAAGAGGGGGAGAUGGAAGAGAAUGAAGAGGAAAGGGAGGAUGAAGAAGAUGAAGUGAAUGAUGAAGAGGAAGAAGGAGAUGUGGAAGAGCAAGGGGUAGAGAUGGAAGAGAAUGAAGAAGCUGAACUGGAAGACGAAGAAAUAGAAGUAGAAUGUCAAGAACCAUCAAAAUCUGUUGAAAUUCAAUUAGUGUCAACAGCCAAAGAAUUUUCAAAAAAUUUGUCACGAAAAUCUUCGAAACUUUCUUCCAAUUUGCCACCUAAAAGAAUUUUUUCAUCAGUAUGUGAGGAAGUGGAAGAAGGACAGAAUGUUAUUCAUUUGGAUAGUGCUUCUUUUAUUCAACAACAAUCUUGUUCUAGAAUUCGGCAAUCUCUUUCAACAGCCAAGGAAAUUUCUACAAGAAGCAAAGUCCAGAGCCAUUCAAAAAAUUUGUCUACAAGGAAUUUGGAAGAAUUAGAAAAUACUCCACCACCAUCAACAAGUCAGCAACAUCAACCUAGACAACGAGCAGUAGAAAAUUUAAAUAGAAAUGCUUCAAUUCGAAAUUCUCGACGACUGUCAUUAUCUCCAUGGAGGCAGCCACAAGAAUUUACACAUGUUUUGCAGCACUGUACCAAUGGCUAUAUUAUGACCUGGGAUGAGUUCCUUGACCGCACUGAAUUUGAAUGUCUUCGUAAACUCGGUGAAGGAGAUUAUGGAGAGGUCUACGAAAUAUCCGAUUCUAAAGGGACUUAUGCUAUGAAGGUCAUUCAAGUUACUGAGGAAAAUCCGAUACCAGUCAUCUUUUCUGAAGUUUUCAUCACACGGCAUUUAUCAGAACUCAACAAUGCCGGUGAUUUCUCAACUCCUUCAUAUAUACCUCUUGUCCGUGCUAAUGUAGUCAAAGGUAUUUAUCCGGAUAUUCUUAUAAAGAAGUGGAAAAAAUACAAGAAACAAAACCCGAAGAUUGCUUUAAAUAAACGACCUACUGAGCACAUAGACAACACCUAUGUUGUCCUAGUUAUGGCAAAUGGUGGAGUCGAUCUAGAACAAUAUUUGGAUAAACCUGGAAAGGCCACCAAAAAACAACGUUUUUCAAUUUUUUACCAAGUCGCUCUUUCCCUUGCUAUAGCUGAAGAAAGGCAUUGUUUUGAGCAUCGUGAUCUACAUGUCAGCAAUAUAUUAAUCAGCAAAAUUACUUCUAGAGAAAGAGAACGUCGAGAUAAAAUUUGUUAUUACUACAAUGGCGAAAAAAUUGAAGUCCGUUCUCAUGGUUUGCAUGCUUCAUUAAUUGAUUUCAACAAUUCUCGGAUGACAGAUGAUGUUACAAAACAGUCUGUUUUUGUUAAAUUUGCUGUUACGCCAUAUAAAGAAGGAGAUGAUUAUCAAUACAAAAUUUACCCGAUGAUGAAAGAACUAAAUGAGUCUGUUUAUUUUUUAUUAAAAAUUAAUAAAUUUUCCCACCCCCUUCCUGAAAUGGAGAAAAUGAGAAAAUUUUAG